AUGGAAGCAGACUCAACACCCAGCAACCCCAACAUCCAAGAGUCUGUGCCACCUCGGAUGCCCUAUCCAACCCAUCAACCUCCUCCAACUUAUGCCCAAGUUGUCACUGAUCCAGCCUAUCAUCAGCCAUAUAAUCCAAACCAAAAUGCCCCUGUACCUCAUCCCACGGUCUAUCAACCAGUCCAAUAUGUAGUGACUACAACUACGGCGCCUCGAGUGAUGGGGGAAGCUCAUCAGUCAAGAUACAACGACUAUAUGUGCUGGUCCAUAAUGAGCAUGCUGUUUUGCUGUCUGCCCUUCGGAUUGGUGGCUUUGGUGUUAACUUGCAAGACGCAGGAAGCCAACGCUUUGCAGGACUUUCAGUCCGCCAUGUCGUACUCCAAAGGGACUUUCAGGUGCAAUAUGGCUGCGCUGAUCUUAGGCGCCUCAUGCUACGUUUUACUUUUUGUGUAUAUGGUGUUUUUAAAGUAACUUUAUUGGAUUCAAAGCCACUGAUACUAAUAUUAUGUGUGUGUCCAGUGCUGCCCUCCACAGGCUGAGAGGCUUC